AUGGUUGAAAUCCUUAUGAGGUUGGCACCAAAACAAUGGGUUCAUUUUACAAGAGAUCGUUCUAUUACAGUUAAUCGAUGUUUUCUACCAUUUUGGAAUAUUACUUUUCGAGGAUCAAUUCAAUGUUUUCUUAGUACAAAGUCAAAUCUUCCUUUUCGACAUGAAGAACAUUAUUAUUCACAUAGACAAUGGCAUUCAUUUCCUUUACAUAUUGAUAAUGUUUAUUUAAAUAAUAUUAAUAUUUAUGCAGCUGAAAAUCUUGAUACAUAUCAUGUUCAAGCAUUAGAUAUUUCUUUUGACAAUGCUCAACUUCAGGAUUUAACUCAAAACGAUAAUAUCAUUGAAAAACCUACUAUUGAUCAAGAAACAGCAUUCAAUAAUGCAUGGAUUCUUAUUAUAAAAUCUUUAUUAGAAAAUAUGUGUCUUGAACAAGCAAAAAAGGUCUAUCCAAGAUUCGAUGAACUUCGAAUUGAUUCAUUACAUUUAAAAAUAAUAUCGAAACAAGAACGUCUCUUAUAUUAUCCAGUUUAUAUAAUUAAUUAUAAUUAUAAAUCUCAAAUAAAGUAUACAUGUUUAUUCGAUGGAUUAACUGGUCAUAUAGCUGGUGAUAGACAAUAUUCAAUAAUAAAAGUAACAUUAGCAACAUUUAUGGGAUUUUAUCCAAUGAUCAAAAUUGGACUUUUUUGUAUUGGUUCAUUUGCGAAUUUAUUAUUUGCAUUUGAAAUUGCAUCUGAUCUUAGUUUUAGUGUUUCUCUUCCUAUUGCUAUGAUUGUUGCGCCUUGUGUAGGAUUUUAUGCACAUUCAUUUCCAAAAUUAUAUAAACAAGAAAUUCGUCAAGUACAAUGGAAACAAGAUCAAUCGAAAGUAUUAAACUUUAGUUAUGCUUUUAUAGAUUCUAUCGAACAAGCAAAAAAACACUCGGCUUUCGAACAUGACCAAACAUCAAUUGAUUUAUCUAUGAAUAUAAAACUGCAUCAAAAGAUUAAAUCUGCAUAA